GGCGGCUGCUGCAAGUGCUCAGUCCCUGUCAGUGGGCCUUGGCAGAUGCCGAUCAGCAAAAAUCUCAACCAAACAUUGAAGCUAUCCACAAUUUCUCCUAUUCCAACUGUACGGAGUGCGAUACUUCGGCAUCAAGGUGACUUGAAUCAUGGUCUUUCACGAGAGCUAAGGCGUGCUGUUCUUAAAAGCUCAUAUUUCCCUUCAUUUUUCAAGUUUGACAUCACUCUUCAUCUGUACUUUUUCCCCUCUUGAUUUUGUUACAUGACUAGCCAUCUCUCCCCACCAGAAACCGCAAAUUCGCAAUGUAUCGGACGAAUCCACAAAUUCAUGGCUUUCGAAUCAUCGUGGCCCAGGUCAUAUUUGGCUUGUUAGGUAUCCCGCUGGCUUCUUCGUACCCAUUUGGUGGAGUCGAAACCCGCGCUUCAAGCAUUCAAGACUGCUUAACUCAGCACUCUGUUCCAUAUCAAGAUAGUUCCUCAUCUUCGUGGGCUACGACAAUUUCCCCUUAUAAUCUUCGGUUAUCAUACACCCCUGCUGUUGUCACUUUACCUACCACCUCACAACAUGUCAGUGACGCAAUCACUUGUGCAGCCGCUGCCGGACUCAAAGUACAGGCUAAAUCUGGCGGGCAUUCAUAUGCUAGUUAUUCAAGCGGUGGUAAAGAUGGAAGUCUUAUCGUCAGUCUCGAGAACUUCAACUCUAUAAGCGUUGAUCCUCAAACCAAUAUUGCUACCGUUGGAGGAGGUGUACGUUUAGGAAACCUCGCUCUUGGACUGUACAGUCAGGGCAAACGAGCUGUUCCACAUGGAACAUGUCCAGGGGUUGGAAUAGGUGGACAUUUCACUCAUGGAGGUUACGGAUACGCAUCUAGAAUUUGGGGUUUGGCUCUUGAUACUAUCGUUGGCCUCGAUGUGGUUCUUGCCAAUGGAACCCAAAUCCACACAACAGCCACAGCUUAUCCCGAUAUUUUCUACGCAAUGAGAGGAGCUGGUGAUUCGUUUGCUAUUGCGACGGCCUUCUACCUCCAGACUUUUGCUGCUCCAUCGUCCGUUCUCACUUUCGCAGCUAGUAUUCCCGCAGCACUAGAUAGUGUUAGCACUGCCGUCUCGUCCUUCACCAAACUUCAAGAACUUACUCUCGACUCUACCAAAAUCAACAAAAAUAUCACAUUAGGUAUUUACACCGACAACUAUGGAUCAUUCAGUCUUAGUGGCUGGUGCAUGAGCUGUGAUCAGAGCCAUUUCGAGAGCGUCACCUUUCCAGCAAUAUUGGCCGCUUUUCCCACCGCCGCUACCAGCAGUGUUAAAUCUCUAGGAUGGACAGAUGCUUUGGUCAGUGCAAACAAUGGGGGACAGCUCCAGGAACCAUUGACCGGAUAUGUUGCUCACGACACAUUCUACGCAAAAUCUGUGGUUACGAGGAAUGCUGAGCCGUUGACUUCUACCCAGCUAACUAGCUACUUCACCUACAUUCUGAAUCAAGGAAGAAGUGCUCCUUCUCCUUGGUAUACUAUUAUCGAUUUAUAUGGAGGCGCCGAUAGUCAGAUAAAUGUGCCUUCUUCCGACUCUUCGGCAUAUUCUGAUCGUGACGCUCAUUGGGUUUUCCAGAACUACGGCUUUACAUCCAACUCUUUGCCACCAUAUGACGACGCUAUAACGCCCUUCGUAGACUCUCUCAAUAGCGCUCUUUCAGCUGGUGCAUCUAGUGAUUUUGGGGCAUAUCUCAACUACGUAGACCCAGAGCUAAGUGCAACCGACGCUGCGAUGCUCGGAUACGGACAAACUACAUAUGACAAAUUAUUGGCCAUUAAACAGACCGUUGACCCCAAUGAAGUGUUCUGGAAUCCACAGAGUAUUGGCGCUGCUGAUGAUGAUUCUGGAAAUAACGGCAGCAGUGGAACCACAAGCUCAGCUGCGUCUACAUCUACAUCUGCACCAACAUCUACUUCUACCUCUACGGCGUCAAAAGCUACUGCAACAUCGUCAUUGAAAGUCUCAACAGAUGCGUCGUGUGGUAACGGGUAUACGUGCAAGGGAAGCUCGUUUGGAAGUUGCUGCUCUCGGUAUGGAUGGUGUGGUAGUACGAGUACGUACUGUGGAACUGGGUGUCAGAGUGGAUUUGGAACUUGUUCGUGAGGAGAAAAGUUCUUAUGGGGGUGAUUGAAUAGGUUAUUUAAUUCGAGAAUUGGGUUGGAGAGCAAAAAAAAGGAUAAUAUUUAGAUAAUAGAUAAUAUGCCGCAAGGUAUAUAUGGGUGAGAUAUGAAUGGCGUCGAAAAGAGAUGGAAUGUUAAUUUUUAAAUUGUUAUUCGGGAGAUUAGUUCCCACAGAAAUAUAGAUACACAGAAAGUCAAAUAAACAGACCUAAUACCUCACAUUAUAAUUAUGAAGAGGACAAUAACACUUUGAGACUUUAUUCUAAGCAAGUA